CGCCAGGGUUGGACCUGGAUCCCACAGGCGCGCACACACACAUACACAUACACACACGUACAAAUACAACACAUCUAUAUGCACGCACGUACGCGCGCGCAUCUCUGCGUGCGGGCACCCUCGCCGCGAUUCCAGUGAACAGCGGGACAAGUCGCGUGACUAUGAGUGAAUCGCGCUCGUACUUGUCUCGGCUAAUUACUCCUCGUCGAUGAUAAUUGAUAACGCGCGCGCAAUUAAACGCGACGUGCACUCGCUCGUACGCUCGAGUGUUCGCGCCAAGUUCGCGCGAGUGUCAGCCGCCGGGACGCUGGCGGCUGCCGAGGGUGAAUAGUGACAUAUUCGAGAGGCGAUUCGACCGAUCGGUCACGGGUCAAGUGUCGCGAGAUACGAGAGAGAUAUCGACGAGCGUUUCGGAAUUGUCAGGAAGGAGUGCGGACAGUAGUACUGGGGAGACGGUAAACAGGAUUUCGGACAGUAGUGAGAGAGACAGUCGCGCGCGACAAGUAGUGACCAGUAGUGACGGAUCGUCACGAAGGAGCAGUAGCGGAGGACAGCAGCGACAGAGUCGCGGUGUAGUAGUCGUACGGUAGAUUGUACCGCCACCGGACUCACAAUCAGUGAUAGCGGGCUCGUGGUGGUCAGACCGGCUGACAGGGGGCUUUUGGUGGAUCAGCUGGCACCACGAUCCAUCCGCGAUACAAACGCCCUGUUGGAUCAAUGGGGUAUUUAUGUUGCGGCAUGUAUAUCCGCGAUAACGGCCAACAUGCGAGCACGCUUAAUCUACGCGCGUAUGCGUAAUCGUCGCGUCUCGCUAUCGACGAGGAUUCAAUUAAGCCUGCCGCGAGGAAGGUCAAGUACGCUAUGCGACGAGCGACGAGCGAAAAGCGACGAGCGACGAGCUAGGGGGCCCGAGUUUUAAUUAAAACUCGCUCGUGGGGAUUCCCAUUAUCGCGCGCGCGUCUCAAAUUCGGGAUUAAUUAGCUGCGUCGGGAACGAGAGCAGCGGCGCAGCAGUGGCGGCUAGGAGGACGUGAUUGCUCCUAGCUCGUAUGUUGUGUUCGUAACAUCCGUGUGACAGUUUUGUGCGACGCGUCCAGAGCUUUCCGAGCCCAUUCUUGCCGUUAUGAACGAGCUUCUUCUUUGGUCGCGCUGUGGUUGGCUUGCUUAGUGAUCGUGACGAUCUUAACGGCGCGGGGGCGGCACUCUGAUUACGAAUGCAGCUUCGCGAGUGACAGAUAGUGAAGUUGCGUGAGGAAUUACUAAUCGUCGUUUGGAGGCUAGACACAAGCAGGAAAACGCGGAAGUAGCGGGCGUCUUACACUUGACGCGCUUCCGACAACGAUGUCGAAGUAGGACGAUUCUUGAUGAUUGGCGAUAGGUAUUAGCUCGUUCUAACGCACGGAAGGCGCGUAUUAUGUGAGGAGGAAACCGCGACGAGGGAAACGAAGAUGUCCGCCGUCAGCGUCGUCGCAUGGUUGCUCGGCGCCGUCGCUUUGGCUGCGAUUAAUAAUGAAGUGCACUGCCACAACAUCCCAUACGGCGGCAGCGGCAAGAACAGCGACACAUACAACCAAAACGCUCUGGAAGAGACCACACGAUCGGGGCCGUAUUUCGACAAAUCGGCCUCGAAGAACGUGACCGCCCUGCUGGGAAAGACCACGUACCUCAACUGCCGUGUCAAAAAUUUGGGGAACAAAACGAUGACGCUACAAGUAUCGUGGGUACGGCACAGGGACGUCCAUUUGCUCACAAUUGGCCGUUAUACGUACACGAACGACCAGCGAUUUCGAGCGAUCCACAACGCUCAUUCGGACGACUGGACGCUCCAAAUAAAGUAUCCGCAGCAUCGGGACAGCGGUAUUUACGAAUGCCAGGUCUCCACAACACCCCACAUGAGUCAUCUAGUCCAUUUAAAUGUAAUCGAGCCAAUAACCGAGAUUCUGGGUGCGCCGGAGUUGUUCAUCAAUCGAGGUAGCACCAUCAAUCUCACGUGCGUCGUCCUGCACAGUCCAGAACCACCUGCCUACAUUUUCUGGAAUCACAACGAUGCGAUAAUCAGCUACGACUCGAGCAGAGGUGGCGUCUCCGUGGUCACGGAAAAGGGUGACAGCACGACGAGUUUCCUCCUGGUGCAAGAAGCGAAACCGUCCGACUCGGGACGGUACACUUGUAACCCCAGUAAUGCUCAACCAAAAUCGAUCACCGUACACGUACUCAACGGAGAGUAUCCCGCGGCAAUGCAACACGGCGGUCAGGCCAAGCAACCGAGGCUGUACUCCCUUCUGCUCUGCCUGUGUCUGCUACUUUACUAAUUGCUCCAUUCCAUCGCGCAUUCUCGAAAGGAGAAAUCGGAAGGCACUUUCGAGCGAAGAAAAAGAGAGAAAGAACAAAUGAAUGAAUGAGAGAGUGAGUGUGAAAGAGAGAGAAAGAGAGAAGUAUUUCCGUCACGAGUUGCGCGAACAUUGCUCAGGUGUCAUGGAAGCUGCGGCGAGAUACGUGCGACGAUGUGCAUCCGAUGGGGACGCUUUUGACUGUGCACCGGAACGAUGAACUCUUUCGCAACGACGCGCCGUUUGUCGAUGCAACCGAGCGACGACGACGUGUCCGGAAGGGCAGCGCGACGAUCAGUGGACGAUUCUUUUAGCGAUGUGACCGCGCGCGAUUCGGGACUGCGAAUAUACGUACGAUAAUACACGUAAAAGAAAUAUGUACAUCAUGAAAUUCCGUUACAUAAUAACCGUCGAUGAACGAUCGGUUUUAUUAACGACAGAUUGCUUAUUCGUGAAUAAAAUCACAAACUUGACGCUGUUAAUCGAAAAACACACGGGUGAGUACAAUUAUUCGUCGGAUAAAGCACACAAUUCCACGUUGAUGAAACUGAAUAAAGUGCGAUUGAAAUUAUGGCAUUCAAGAUGUUGCCGUAAUCGUGUAUUUUCACA